AUGGCAUCCAGCAACUCUUUCGGCCAACUUCCAUCAGAGCUGAUGAUGAUUAUCCUAGGCGCUCUUGACUCCGCCGAGGAUCUCCAUUCCAUAAUUCGCGCCGAUCCCCGAGCUUUGGGCGUUUUUCUUCAAAAUGAGCAGAGAAUCCUCCCGUCCCUUCGGUCGAAUCUUGACCAUGAGUCUUGCAGCCAAAGCCUUAAACAGGCAGUCAUGAUCCAUCGCUUACGGCAGAGUGAGGCCGGCUCACACUGUCUUACACGGCCUCAAGCUGAGCAGAUCAUGAAACCAGUCUUAACAUCACCACCAGAACCAUGCCGAUUAAUGAAGUUAAAUCUGGGAGCCCUGGGAGAGCUAUAUCAACUGUUCCGCGAAUCAUGCACUUUCAUGGACUAUUACAAAACGAGGAUGAGGGAAUAUGACGACACGAGGAUAAGGGAACCUGAAGACAUUAGGUUCAGGAUAAAGGAAUAUCCCGGAACGGGAAUGAGUGAAAUUUGCUUUGAAAGCUCUCUACCAGAACAAAAGAAGUCUCGCUUGUGGUACCUAGACAGUACAGAAUUCCAAAGGGCAUAUCUACUGUUCGAAGCAUACCGACACACUCUAUGGUUCAGCACCAACUUGCUUCAAGAUUAUGGUACCGGCGACAAUAGUUACAGGUUUCACAUUCCCUGGAACUUCAUCUAUCACGAUGAGCUUCUUUGUAUCAGGACCUUUCAGGCAAUUUUUGUAUUCCUGUUUCGAGAAUACAAUAGUCUCUUGAGACAGGUCCAUACCCGUAUCAAUGGCGCAGACGACAAUUACCGGUUUGAUCUAACUGACACCACUGGGCGAAUCCGGAGUCGACAGUUCUUACAGAGGGGCAUGCGUGACCGACUCCUAUUCACGGCCUAUCUUACAUCGCAAGGCUUUCACCGGUUCCUUAAUAUUCAAGAUAUGGAUGAUGAUGCACAAGAAGAACACAUUCUUUCCUUAUAUGCGCGGUAUCUCGACCUCAAAGCAGACCGCCAAACUUGCCCAAUGGUCGUGGGUGCUGAUCUGGAGCACUCACUUAUGGCACUUUGUUACAGAGAGAGGAACGUAGCAUUAGGAGGCCUUAGGUAA